AAAUGCUGAAUUCAGACCAUAGUAAUAGAUUUCAGAUACAUGUGAUUACCCUUUCUAAUCUUUCCUCUUGUGUCAUUAUGUUAAAGUACCACUUCACCGUAGCAUUUAUUUAUGUUAUUAGACAUCUUUUUCUGGACUUUGAGUUUUGAUUGUCUGAAGUUUACUUUUGAUAAUGAAAAUUGUAUUUGCCAAGAUAAGAAUAUAUAUAUUUUUGUAUUAGUAAUAAGUUUCUCUAUAUAGCAAACAUUACUCCUUUCGGAAGUAUAUGUGGAGCCAAGCAAGUAUUUGAAUGCACUUCAAAUCAAGUUCCGUUUGAUAUUUUCAAUCAGUUUCAAAUUCAAAUCAAAUUGUAUAACGCCAUUUGUAAUUUUGUCUAUACCUUGUUUUGCAGCUUUUCUUUGACCUUGUAAUGGCCAUCAUUUACCAAUGUUAUGGUCAUAAAAUUGUUGUAUCUUCUGACACUCCUAGCAUCCCUUAAAGGAUGGAUCCAGUCCUUCAGUCAGCAGUCAGGUGGCCUCUCCCGUAUUUACAGCAGUCAGUCUUUGGACUCUGGGAAAGAGGGAGGUUAGAAAACCAGUGUCGAAAGGACUGGAUACUCAUAACGCUGGUCAAUUAGCAGCUCGUAGUACACCAGGCCAAGUGACUGUUCGUGAACACUUCCAAAAAGACGCAUCUUGUGGGAUGUGUGGGGAGAGGCUGUAAGAGCCCAACCGACAAGAACGCAUCACCCUGUUGGGUGAACCUGAAGAAUGCUGCUGAGAAUCCUUUCCCUUUAUGCCUUGCUUGCUUGUGUCUUCAGCCAGUGUGAGCCGGGCUGGAGGCCCUACCAAGGGAGGUGCUACUACUUCUCUGUGGAGCCCAAGUCAUGGAACGAAGCCCACGCGUCCUGCUUGACUCUGGGCGGGGAUCUGAUGAGCAUCCAGACCUAUCAGGAGAGGCAAUGGGUGAGAUCCCAGCUGGACGGCAAUAGCUACUGGAUCGGCCUCAACGACCGCGUGAUGGAGGGCCAGUGGGAUUGGACGGACGGGAGCCCCUUCAUAGAGAGCCUGGUAUACUGGGUCCCGGGCCAGCCUGACAACUGGGGCAAGGAACCGGGGCAGGACUGCGGCCAGGUGUUAGGGGCCAGUCUGGGUCUGUGGACCGACGAACGAUGCGACACUGCUAUGAAAUACAUCUGCAAGGUCACAAACCCCAACCCUCCCGUCCAGUGCGACGUGGCCAACGGGUGGACUGACUUCGGGUCCUACUGCUACAAGCUCAAGUCAGAGACCACCAAGAGCUGGCUGGCCGCGCGCCACGACUGCCUGAAGGAGGGGGGCGACCUGUUGUCCCUCAGCUCCACCCAGGAAGAGGAGUUUGUCUCGGGGAUUCUGGGCCUCUCCCCCAUGGAUCUCUGGCUCGGCUUCUCUACACUGAAAUGCAACAAACUCUCCUGUCAAGUUGAAGUGGGCAACGUUGCAUUCUCCUGGUCGGAUGCUUCCCCGUCCACCUGGACGAACUGGGCCCCGGAACAGCCCUCCCCCAUUGACCUGCAGGCCGGCACGUGCGGCGCGCUGAUUAAGGGCUCUAGGUUUGGAGAGUGGAGAGCCCAUGUGUGCCGAUAUGAACGGCCGUACAUGUGCAAGAGAGCACUCAACACCAUCUGCCCGGCUGGCUGGCAGAGCUUUGCAGGAAGUUGUUACUGGCUGGUCAGUAACACCGCCCUGUUGACCACCUGGCACGAGGCCCAGACCAGGUGCACGGACCUUUCAGCACACCUGGUCAUCAUCAACAGCCAGGAGGAGCAGUACUUCAUCAAUGGCUUCCUCCCUGACCUUCAUCACAUAGAUAUUCCUGACCUCUGGAUCGGCCUAUCAGACAAGGAGACGGACGGAACCUGGGCCUGGGUGGACCGCAGCCCCCUCACCCUCACCAACUGGGGGCCCGGUUCGCCCCGGAACACGGACAAAGUCUGGGACUGUGGGCAGAUCUUCACAGGGAACUACGCAGGGGUGUGGGAGACCACCACCUGCUUCAAGACCCUGGCCUACAUGUGUGAGAUGACCGGGGGGCAGAACGUGAAGCCCACGCAGCCACCAGGUUUCAGCUGCGACCCUGGCUACCUGCUGUACAAAGACUUCUGCUACCACUUUGACACGGAGCACACCUUCCAUUGGCAGGAGGCGGAGUCCUACUGCGCCAGUCAGUCAGGACACCUGGCCAGCCUCCACGACCAGGCGGAGCUCAGCUUCCUCACAGCCCACCUGCCAGGAGAGGCCUGGCUGGGCCUGAACGACAUCAACGUGGAGAACCUCUUUGUGUACUCGGAUGGUACACCGGCUGAUUUCCUUUUAUGGGGGCCGGACCAACCAGACAACUGGCAGAACAACGAGGACUGUGUCCAGGUCCGAGGGAUGAACCACCCCGAGCCGGGAACACUCAGCGAUGACUUCUGCUCCUCCGCCAAGGAGUUUGUCUGCAAAAAACCCAAAGGACAGGGACCACCCCAGCCUCCGACCUCUAGACCAGGCUGGAACCAGAAGUGUGGUUUCUGGACCCCCGACCCCUUCAACGACUACUGCUACCUGUUCAACUACCUGUCCAUGAGGCCCUGGGCCGAGUCCCGGGCCGACUGCGUCAACCAGGGGGGGGACCUCGUCAGCAUCACCGACCCCUACGAGCAGGCCUUCCUCCAGGGCAUGGUGGGUCUGAGUCCCACGGGCACCGCCAUGUGGAUGGGCGGUCACGACUCCAUCGUGGAGGGCGGCUGGGGCUGGUCGGACGGCUCCCCCUUCAGAUACAUCCACUGGGGCUCGGGCAACCCAGACAACGCCGACGGGGAAGACUGCCUGUCCAUGCAGAUCAACGACGGGAAGUGGAACGACGACAAGUGUGAACUCAACAGAGGCUACAUCUGCAAAAGGAGAGGAAACACUCCUGAACCUCCGCCACCACAUGACGGGUUCAUGACGGCCCUGGCGUGCCAGGACUCCUCCAUGGCCCUCCACUGCCCUGAGAACAGCCUCAUCAACAUCCAGUCUGCCUUCUACGGACGGGACAGCACCGACCUCUGCCCGCUCCUGGACGGCUCAGGGGGAGGCAAAUGCCAAGUGGACGGCGUCCUCCCCCUCAUGAGGAAGAACUGUGACAAGCGUGCGUUCUGCUUUGCGUUCGCCCACACGGAGAAUGACCCGUGUCCCCAAGUCUCCAAGUACCUGAGGAUCACCUACAGCUGUGAACAGAUGGUGUGCUUGCGGGGCCUUGGAGUGGAGGACGGGAACAUCUCCGACUCCCAGCUCAGGGCCUCCUCCUCCUGGGGCUCCUCCACCCCGGACAUGGGCCGCCUGCACGGCAGCGCCUGCUGGAGGCCCUCCACCAGCGACAGCGCCAGCUGGAUCCAGGCGGACCUGGGCCAGGUCAGGAAGGUCACGGGCGUCGUGAUCCAGGGCUGUCCCGACAACGACCACUGGGUCACCAAGUUCAAGGUCCAGCACAGCCUGGACGGCUCCGCCUGGGCGGCCUACACCGCCGACGGGGAGUUCUUCCCAGGGUCCCAGGACAGGAACUCGGCCGACACCCAGCUCCUCGGCACGCCCGUGUCCGCCCAGUACAUCCGCGUCCUCCCGCUGGAGCACAACGUCCAGGGCGGCCUGCGCUUCGAGGUCCUGGGGUGCACGCCCGACUACGCCGUGACCUGCGCCAACAGGCCCAACUUUAACCCUGCCAACGAUCGCAUGACAGUCCACUGUCCGGCAGGCUGUUCUAAAGCGAGCUACAGAGUGUAUGGAACGUCUGUGUAUCGAGAGGACUCCAACAUCUGUGCGGCGGCCGUGCACGCGGGCGUGGUAGUGGAUGAUGUGGGCGGGGACACCACCCUGCUGAAGCUCCCGGGACAGGACUUCUACCCCGGCUCCACCCGCAACGGCAUCACGUCCAGGCAGUUCGAUGGGACGUAUUCAGGGUCUUACACGUUCGCCGACGGGGAGGUGCGGUGCUCCGGGCCGGACUGGUAUGAGUUCGGAGGGUUCUGCUACAAGCCGUUCAGCGUGCAGAAGACGUGGGUCAGCGCCCGCCAAGCCUGCCGCGGCCUGGGGGCGGAGCUAGUGUCCAUCCUCUCCAUGACCGAGCAGAGCUGGCUGGAGAGCUACCUGUACAUGGCCACCGGCGACGUGUGGACCGGCCUGCACGACCCGCUGCAGGUGGGCUUCUACACGUGGUCCGACGGUCACAUGACCUCCUUCACCCACUGGGAGCCCGGCCAGCCCAACAACCACGACGGCUUCAGGGAGGACUGUGUGGCGAUGCUCUAUGAGUCGGGCCGGUGGAACGACGUGGCCUGCACUGAACUCAACACCUACAUCUGCAAAGCGCCCAAGGCCCACUACCCUCAGCCCUCUGUGAAGCCCACUGUGUACGGCUGCCCACAGGGCUGGGACGCGUACGGCUACGCCUGCUACUGGCUGGAGGAGACGGCCAGGAGCUGGUCCGACGCCAGGGACUUCUGUAAGGAGCAGGGCGCCUUCCUGCUGCACAUCGGGGACAUCUAUGAGCAGGCCCACUUCACGGUGACGCUGUCGGGGAAGGCGGGCUUCUGGUGGCUGGGUCUGCGGGCCCAGGGAGGGCCGACCGGAGGGGUGGACUACUUCUGGGAGAACGACGCCCCCCUGACCUACACCCACUGGGACCGGGACCAGCCAGAUAGUGGCCAGGGUACCUGCGUUGCUAUGACAACGGGGGCCAUCGGUGGUUUCUGGGACGACAAAUCGUGCUUGGAGCCGUUCAGCUUCGUCUGUGAGAGGCCCAGACCUGACAUCACCCCGCCCACUGAGCCCCCGACCCCGCCCCCUGCCACGGGCUGCUCCGACUCCUGGACCUCCAAGAGCCACUUCAGACACUGCUACAGGCUCUUCCACAACGUGGACUUCUCUCGCAGGAAGAGCUGGGGUGCGGCCCAGGAGGACUGCGUGUCCCGGGGGGCCCGGCUGGUCAGCAUCAACCUGCAGGCGGAGGAGGAGUUCCUCUCCCUCUACACCAAGGGCACCAGCAAGUGGAUCGGCCUCUCGCACAACCCCACGGCGGGAGGCUACACCUGGACCGACGGCUCCCCAGUGUCCCACACCAACUGGGGCCCCGGGGAGCCCAACGACCACGAGGGCCGGGAGAACUGCGUGGAGAUGGUGAGCAGCGCCAACGGCACCCUCUCCUGGUGGAACGACCUCAACUGUGACGCCCACCAGGACUGGAUCUGCAUGAUCGCCAAGGGGACCACCCCCAUCCUGCCCCCCAUCCCCCCUCCACCCGUCCCUGCGCCUGACUGCGGCGUGAACCCGGGGUGGAGGAAGCACGACCGCUUCUGCUACUACUACAACGACACGGACAUCGUGGACUUCCACACGGCGUGGGAGCGCUGCGACCAGGAGAAGGCCACGCUGGUGUCCAUCCUUAGCGAGAAGGAGCAGGCCUACGUUAACACCAUGGUGGGAACAGGGAAGGUGACUUCGGCAUGGAUUGGUCUGACACACUUCGGAGAGACGGAUGGUCAAUUCAAGUGGGUGGACCGUUCCCCGCUGUUGUACACGCACUGGGCCACGGGAGAGCCCAACAACGCCAACGGAGAGGAGCACUGUGCUCAGAUGAACAGACACCAAGGGGGAUGGAACGAUGCCAACUGUGGCCGUGCCGGUGCGGGCUAUGUGUGCAAGAAGCGCCCAGGGGACGGCCCCACCCCGGCCCCGCCCACCCCAGCCUGGGAGGGCCACUGUCCGUCAGGCUGGAUGCGCUUCAAGGACAAGUGCUUCCUGUUCAAGGGCCAGAAGGAGGACUUCCAGGCCAACUGGACCUUCGCCAGGAGCUGGUGCCAGGGGCAGGGAGGGAACCUGGCCGUCAUCGACAACCAGUCGGAGAACGACUUUGUGUCCAGCUACCUGAAAGACCUGGAGCGGCCCGCGUGGAUCGGACUGUCAGACCUGUCGGCGGAGAACCAGUACGCCUGGACAGACGGCAGCCGCGUGCUCUACACCAACUGGGACGACAAGGAGCCCAACAACCACAACGGAGCGGAGCACUGCGUGGCGGUGACGCACAGCGACCUGGUGAGCGGGCGCUGGGACGACGCGGCCUGCAGCGAGGACCGCAGCUUCGUCUGCUACAGGAGGAAGUCGAGCAGUGUCGCCCCCCCGCCCCCCACGGAGAGCCCGUGCCGGGAGGGCUACGUGUCCUGGAAGCUGAACUGCUACCGCGUGGUGGAGCGGCCGGAGACCUGGGAGCGCGCCCAGCAGGCCUGCGCCGCCCAGGGGGGGAACCUGGCCAGCAUCGACAUGAGCUACGACCAGGCCUUCGUGUCCGGGGUGGUGCUCCAGGGCCGGGGGGACGCCUGGAUCGGCCUCCGCCGCAAGAGCGACUCGUACACCUGGACGGACGGCUGGCCCGUGUUGUUCACCCGGUGGGGCCCCGGGGAGCCCAGCUUCCGCCCGGGGGAGGGCUGCGUCAGCAUGCACUCAUCGCUCUACCACGGCACCUGGAACGACACCCGAUGUGACGACGCCAAGCCCUACGUCUGCAAGAUCUCCUCGGAACCGCCCCCCCCCACCCCCGCCCCGGGGAACGGUAAGUGCUCUCCGUACUGGAAGCCCUUCGGCCGCCACUGCUACGCGGUGUACAACGGGGACGAGGGCUACUCCUGGCCCGAGGCCCAGCACCUCUGCCAGCUGGGCAAGGCGGAGCUGGUGUCCGUCCACAGCCGCGCAGAGACCCUCUUCCUCAGGCAGCUCAACUUCACCAAACACAACGUGUGGAUCGGCCUCUCCAGGGACAGCAACUUCGGCUGGGCCUGGACGGAUAAGACGGGCCUGGGCUACGUCAACUGGGCGGACGGGGAGCCCAACGAGGCCUUCCACCCGGGGGAGGUGGCGGAGGAGAACUGCGUGGAGAUGUACCCCGACGGCCGCUGGAACGACAACAACUGCCUGCAGAAGAGAGGCUUCGCCUGCAGACACAGACAACAUGGAGAAGACGGAGGAGAUUCCACCAAAACCCCCAUCCCUCCCGCUACUGCACUGGCUGGUCAAAUAAUCGGGGGAAUCGUUGGGGCCUCCGCGUUGAUCGCCCUGAUAGCCAUGGCCGUGUACUCCGUCAAAGUCCGCAGAGUUCGGUUGAACGUGCGGCUGCCGACGACAACAGCGCGGGACAAAGUCGAUGUGCCGGCCUUUACCAACCCAAACUUCGCAGACGAAUCAGAAUCAUAAACGAGGCUAAUUGCUUUUUAAUGAGCCAGUGAA